AUGACCAGUCCACAGCAGGCUACAGCCAUGGCCAGUCCACAGCAGGCUAUAGCCAUGGCCAGUCCACAGCAAGCUACAGCCAUGGCCAGUCCACAGCAGGCUGCAGCCAUGGUCAGUCCACUGCAGGCUACAGCCAUGGUCAGUCCACUGAAGGCUACAGCCAUGACCAGUCCACAGCAGGCUACAUCCAUGGUCAGUCCACAGCAGGCUACAUCCAUGGCCAGUCCACAGCAAGCUACAGCCAUGACCAGUCCACAGCAGGCUACAGCCAUGACCAGUCCACAGCAGGCUACAGCCAUGACCAGUCCACAGCAGGCUACAGCCAUGACCAGUCUACAGCAGGCUACAACCAGAUUUCUAGCAGGCUGCUCUAGACUGGUUGAAUGUUGUAAAGGUUGA